GGGCUUUGUCCUUUCCGGAUUCGGUUUCCUCGUUGGUGCCCUGGUGCAUCCCGGGGUCCACACAAAUUGACUCCUUGCGCCAUGGGCUCGGCGCUGUCCUGGGACCCGCUGAGCCUGUGCGCGGCCCCGGCGAACACGUCGACGGCGGUGUCCAGCUCGGUGAGGAAGGAGGAAGAUGCCUGGGAGGUGGAGCAGGCGAUGCUUCAGGAAGCCUUGUACCAGAGCAUGGAGCAAGAGCAUUUCGCCGCGCUCGAUGAGCAGGCGGAUGCGGAACUGCAGGCGGCGCUGCAGCAGAGCCUGCAGCCAGUGGCGCGCCAGGAGAGCGAGGACUUCCCGGAGGAGCGGCUGCGCCUGCUGGCGCUCCUGGAGAUGCUGGGCCUCAGGCGCUUGGACGUUGGCUCCACCAACAUCAACGAGGGCGGGGAGCUGCUGGGGAACCAGUGCUUCUACCUCGCCAUCGCCCGGUCCUGGCUGGCCAACUGCGCCGAGGCCAACGGCAUGCUGGUCCGUGACUCCGCGCUGCAGCUGAAGCGGGAGAUUGAGACCUGCGUGCUGUUGGUCCGGGGCGACCAAGGGGAGCUGGGGGACGAGGCGGAAGCGUAUACGGACUACCUGGGCUCCGUGGUCCAGAGCGGCUCGCCGGCCGCGGGCAGUGCCAUUGGGGAUCUGGCCAUCUGCGUCUUCGCCUCGGGGCUGGGGGGGUUGGAGGCCUACGAGGGCACAGGCUACGCCCGGCUGCCGCGCGAGCAGCAGGUGGCGAACCUGGCGCUGCUCUGGCACCGGCCCGGGCACUUCGAGGCCAUCGUCGCGCUCCACGGAGGGAAGGUGGACAUCACGCUGAGUGAGCUCAUCGCGCUGGCUGAGCAGCAGAAUGUGUCAUCGGCGGUGAUCCGGGCUUGAUGGCCUUGUGAUCCUUUUGCGGUCUGGAGCAUGGAAGGAUUUCCAGGUUGGAUAGGGCGACCCCUCAGAGCUGGCUAAACGGCUGCGCCGUUUCUUGCCCCUUUCUUCAGCGGCUUUGGCUUAAUCGGAGCCCGAUUCUUGGUCUCGCCGCGCGAGACCAAGAGUCCACCAGCCAGGGCGGAGUUUCGACCGUGGCUCUUUCUUAGCUUGUCCGGAUGCCCAAAAAAAAACACGGUUGAAC